UUUUUGAUCGCCAAAUCGUGCCAAAAGGCAACUCCACAAGAUACUGGCAAAGGCGGCGGGCACAUCAUCCUCAUGGCCGGCAGCAGCACCUUCCUUCUACGGGCGUUGGAGGCGACCAUCGUGCUGAUGGAGGGUCUUCUUCUACCUCUAGAAGUGUUCCUCCUUCUUCUCUUCAAGUCCACGCCGCUGGCGUACACGAACGACCAGUCCACCGUGCACCACUUUCCACUGGAAUCUUCGCACGACAUCAGUGGCGGCGGUAAACAGAGUGAAUCUUACAUGAAAUCUCGCGCGCCCGAGUCGAAAAUGUCGGCAUUGCCACUUCUGCGUCGAGCCAUGACUUGGGAAGAAAAGUUUGCGCAGUACGUCACCGACAUAGGGUCGCCGACGCGGAGCAUGUGGAGCGAUCCGUCCGCGGCCGCCGUCUUGGUGCGCGGGCCAACGUAUCUCAACGACAGCAUCAAGAUCCGCACAGGCCCGAGCUUCGGCAAGUUGGUCCACGUCGACGUGUGGAAGGCGACGGCCGCUCGACCUGGUCGGAUCGACCACAUCGCAGAGUUGGACUUAGCGAGGCCCAUUAGCAUUUUGCGGUACUUUCAACAGGAACAUACGGCUGACACGGUGUUUGUACUCAACUUCCAGGUACCCGGCACCCCGUUCGUCCAUGUCGUGUGCUACUGGCUCGUGUCAGCUACAGACAUUGCGCGGCACGGUCCUUUUGCGCUGCUUUGGACCCAGUUCCGAGCUGCCAUCGACGCCAACACCCCCGCCUUCUGCAAUGACCGCUUUAAGCUCAUUCCGGCGCUGGUGGCCGCGCCUUGGCUGGUCAAGGUCACCGUGCCCCAGAAGCCGGCGCUCGUCGGCAAGAAACUCACCCAGCGGUACCAUUCUGGACGCAACUACAUCGAGGUGGAUAUGGACAUCCCGUCCAGUACCAUCGCCGCCAACGUCGUGGGGCUGUGUCGAGGGUACGCCACGCAGGUCGACGUCGACCUCCACGUCACCCUCCAAGGCGACUCGCCCGCCGAACUGCCGGAAAACAUCUUUGCAUCCGUCCGGUUCUCAAAACUGGACUUUGCCCACGCCCAAGACGUCCCGACGUACUAGUAGUAGACAUAGCUAUUAAUAGUAGGCGUGGCUAGUAGUAGUAAGUACUAUUAAUAGCUGCUCGUUGUUGAGACGAAAUACUGUAUAUUGCCAUCA